AUGGACCACGUUGACCUCCGCUACGCGUCAGUGAUUAGUCAAUACACCCAGCGGGAACUUACCAACGAAACCGGCACCAUCAACGCGGUAUCAGCACUGACGAACGCAUUCACAAAAGCGUUCAAGCUAGGUAGCGUUCCUUCCAAGGCAUUCCGCUUCGGGAUGGCGCUGGCGGACCUGAACCAUGCACUGUUGUGGCAGCCAGCUCAGAACGUGCUGCUCACGCGUAGGAACAUACUCGGGCAGGCGCCAUCGCCGAGCUGGUCGUGGGCGGGUUGGCGAGCGCCUGUCGAGCAUCGCGUCCCGUGGUCCACCGUCCUGGGCCACCCAAUAGUUGUAGAAUCUCUUAUCCGUGCUUGGUACAUCUGCGAACACGGCGCACUAGCGCAACUCGACGUACGGCCAAUCGCUGGAGUGGGUUUUCCGGAAGAAGGGAGUCGAAGGAGGUACGUACCUCCGAGUGAAAGAACCGACCCAGAGCAGGCCCCGCAUGCUAGCGAAGGUGCCCUGGUAUUUCGAACCACAGCCGCGACGUUCAAGGCGCAGCGGAUUAAUGGGGUUCAAGUAAAUGAGGACGCACGAUACGAAGUGUUCGCUAUCCUCCCUGCUGCAGGUCGCAUAUAUCUACCACGUUCUACGAGGUCUCCUUUAGAUCUGCGGCUCAUCACUCUGCCGCGGUGUAAUGCCGUAGCUGGGCUGUAUGAUACUCAGGUCUACGGCGACACGUACUCUGGCGGAUGUUUUCUGAACGUCAUGGCGGUCCAAGAGAGCGAACAGAGAAAGCUGGAGCGCAUGGGGAUUGGAAUCAUCUUUGAGCAAGCUCGGAUUGAGGCGAAUCCGGCGGAAGAGCAAGUGUGUCUAGGUUGA